AUGAUGACUAAUAUCGGAUUAAGUUGCUCGUCCAUUUGGUCAAUUCCUCUGGACUAUGAAAAUAAUAAAUUGAAAAUUGUUGAAAGCAUAAAGAGGUGUAAAAAGUUAAACUGUGGAAUUAGAAUAGGAGGUGUAUUAGAGUUAUGUGGUGUUAACUGUAAAAGUAGUUUUAAAGAGAUUGUAGAUCUUCAAGAGAAUUGCUGGUAUUAUUUGAGUGAAAUAUUAAAGGAGAAAUAUGAUGAGAAAGAAAAUUUAACGGAUAACAUUUUAUGUUUUGUGAGUAUGCCUGUAUAUUUCCAUAAAAAGAUGUAUAAUUGUGAAUUAGCUAUAUAUAAUAAUGAAAUAAUUUUUAUAUCUCCAAAAGAGAAUAUAAAUAAUAAUGAUGAAAAGGAUUAUUUCGCUUCAUAUGAAAAGAAUAGUUUUAUUGAACAAAACGAAAAUAAUAUAAAAUUUAAUCAUUCUGAUGUGAAAAUAUUUCAUAACAACUUUGAGAAAUUUGUUCUACCACAAUGUAUUCAGAAUAUUACAAAUCAGAAAGAAACUUAUUUUGGAAACGCAAUUCUUGAAAUAAAUGGAUUAGUAGUAGCUCAUAUAUUUUUAGAUGAUUUAAUUAAAGUAGAGAGUAAUGUAUUAUAUGACAAUAGAAAUGAUUUAUUAGAUGAAUCAUUAAAUAAACAAAAUGAAGUAUUUAAAGUAGGAGAAUUAUUAUUUCAAAAGGAUCAUAAAAAAUUAGAAAACAAUAAUAAGAAAAUUAAUUUGAAUUCAGUUGAUAUAUUAUUAGUAAAUGGUUAUAUUAUAAAUGAGUUACAAUUAUUUAAUAGAUAUUUUAUUGAAUUAAUGAAUUUAUCUAAGCUUUAUCCUAACAUGACAUUAUGUUUUAGUAAUAAUAGUGGUUGUGAUAACAAUUUUUUUAAGUUCGAUGGCUUUUCUUUUAUUUGUAAAAAUAAUAAAGUGUUGACCAAAAAUGCACGAUUUACUUUUUCUGAUAUACAAGUAGCAUCUGUUAAUGUAUCAUAUGUAAAAAAUGAAGGCAAAUUAUCUUUACUUCAAAAGGGGAUGGAUGUUCAAUAUAAUGAUAAUAUGAAGAAUGGAAAUAAGAAUAAUGAAUUGUCUUUAUUACAAAUUGUAUCUAAUAAUAAUAUAGAUGUAUUAAAUGGAAAAUGUAAAAAUAAUCCCAUGUCUGCUGAAGGUAUUUUUUCAUUUAAUAAUGAUUUGAAUAUAUCCAUCAAACAUUCUGAUGAAAAUGUAUUGAAUCAUCUUCCUUCGCAUUUUAACUGGAAAUUAUAUGGCAAAGAGAAUAAAAAUCUUUUAAAUAUAUUUAAAAAUCAUCAUCAUAAUUCUGUGGAUGAAUAUUCGUAUGAAUUUAAUGGAAAUAAAUAUGUAUUACAUAAUAUAUAUGAAGAAUUAAGUUUUAAUUGCGCUUUAUUUUUAUGGUAUAUUUUAUGCUUAACAAAUGCUAAAGGAUUUGUACUAGCCAUUUCAGGUGGUAUUGAUUCAUCUUUUGUUGCAUGUAUGGUAUAUAUAUUAUCUAUAAUGAUUGAAAUAGAAUUAAAAGAGAAUCCACAUUUAUUGGAUAAUAAUUCUUGCUCCUUUGAAUUAAAUGAGAAAUUAUUUAUAAAAAAAGUUAAGAACUUAUUGAUUGAUGAAGCAUGUAGAAAAGAUAUAUGUAAUAAAUUAUUAAAUACGAUUUCAUUUCCAUCAAAGAAUAGUAGUGAAAAUACUAAAUGUUAUUCAGAACAAUUAAGUAAAGAUAUUAAUUCAUAUCAUACUACUUAUAGUAUUGAACAUUUAUAUGAAUUUUUAAAAAAUGCUGGUGAAGAAUUUUUAGGGGAAGAUAUGAAAUUUGAAAGUCAAGGAGGAAGUACAUAUCAAGAUGUAUGUUUACAAAAUAUUCAAUCAAGAUCAAGAAUGUUAUUAACAUAUUUUUUUAGUACAUUAAUAUGUCAUAAAAGAUAUUUUAAAAAAAAAUUAUUUAAUGAAUUUUUAAUAGCAUUAGCUACAGGAAAUUUAGAUGAAUCAAUUACCGGUUAUUACACAAAAUAUGAUUGUUCUUCUGCAGAUAUUAAUAUAGUUGGAAAUGUUAGUAAAUUAUUAAUUAAAGAAACAAUGUGUCAUAUAGCUAAUGAUCCAUUUUAUCAAUUACAGAUUAUUAAUCAAAUUAACCAAUAUCAUCCAUCAGCUGAAUUAAAACCUUUAGAUAAUAAACAAACAGAUGAAAAUGAAUUAAACUUAAAAUAUAUAGAAAUCAAAUUGUUAACUAUUUUAAAAAAUAAUUUCUUCCUAGGACCAUCUUCUAUGUAUUAUUAUUUAUCUAAUUAUUUAUGGAUAAGUAUGCCUAAAACUGAAGUUCUUAAUAAAAUUAAAAUAUUCUUUACAAGAAUGUUGAAAAACACACACAAACUUUUUAUCUUACCACCAUCUAUAAUUGGUGAGUCAUCUGGUUUACACACUCCCAACUUUCUUCAUUAUGCCAAUAUUGAUUUUGACGCCUUGAAAAAAAAAUUGAACUUAUAA